AUGAGCAGUAAAGAUAAUCAAACGCGCCAGUCUUUAAAAACAACAUUAUGGCAACGUGUUUAUGAUAUUUGUCAACAAGAAGCUGAAUAUUUAAAUGUAAUCCCAACGCAUCAAUUUGUUUCAGUUCUCACAGACUUGAAUGAAAUGAUUAAUAACUUUGCUAAAUAUAUUGAUGAAAACCAUGAUAAACGUAUUACUACGGUGAAAUCCAAUUCUAGAUCCGAAAAUAAUGAUAAUGCAAUAGAAAAUGAUGAUAAUACAAUAGAACAUGAUGAUAAUACUAUAGAAACAAAUAAUACAAUAGAAAAUGAUGAUAAUACAAUAGAAUAUGAUAUAUAA